AUGAUCGCAUCACGAGGCCGUGCGCGCUUGACCUUCCGUUGGACAAACAAAAUAUAUGAAUACCUUCGAUACUCUCGAUACUCCCGAAUCACCAAGCAUAUACUUAUCCCGAGUAUGGUCGUCACAUAUCUUCCCUCCCAAUCCAAGAGGAAACAAGAGGUGCCCUUACCAUACACAGCAUCGCCAUGGAAAUUGUUGUGGGCUGACAUCCUUCUGUUCCUACGGAGCCUCUGGAGCCUGCCUGGUAUAAUCCUACCCUUGAGGCCAUGGAACUCUGGUGCCUUGGACGAACUCUAUCCGUCCAAGGAAAAUUUAUGGGACAUCGUCGUACAUAUAUUUCUGGCUGUCUAUCAGCUCAUCUUUCUCGUGUCACUGCCUAUUUUGUUUAUUCUCGCCUUCCCGGCGCUGGGGAUCGGGAUUUAUAUGACAGUCGCUUUGGCUCUGAAUUGGGUAGUUUGCAGGUUUGCUCUGAAUGGGAGUGCCAGGAUUUUGCAGUCGCAAGUUCCCGUCGAACAUCGUCCGGAACAUGACCGUGAGCACUGGGUCUUCAUUAAUGGGGUCGGAGCCGGACAUCACUGGCUGCAGAGCAACCUUGACCGGCUGGCAUAUACAUUUGGCAGAAAUAUUACCGGCGUUCACAAUCCAACCAUGGGGAUCAUUUUCGAUAUCAUCGAGUGCUUGAUUCAAAGGAAUUUCUCCUACGCGACCUCGGACGUGAGAGACGCGUACGCGAUCAUCAAGGAAGACUUGUUGAAUCCGAAAUACAAGAAGGUGAUCCUCAUUCUUCACAGCCAAGCUGGAAUUGAGGGAGGCUUGGUCAUUGACUGGCUGCUGGAUGAGAUGCCUCGAGAGUUACUGCAGGACCUCGAGGUCUAUACUUUUGGUAACGCGGCGAACCAUUUCAACAAUCCGUUUAAAACAUUGUCUCAAGCUCAUCGGAAUGAAGCUGAAGGCGAAACUCCACAGUUCAGCCCGGCAACGAUAGGGACAAAGACCAUUCGUCGAAUUGAGCACUAUGCAAACUCCAAGGACUUUGUUAGCGUCUGGGGGAUAUUGAACUUUGCCAAUAUCCCUAAUCGAUACAUGGGACGAGUCUUUGUGCGGCCUGGUUCCGGUCAUCAAUUCAUCCAGCACCAUCUGGAUACCAUGUUCACGCUAGGAAAAGAUAUGAAGACCCUGGACACGAACGAUUUCAUGGAGAUGGAAGUGGAAGUCCAACCUGAUGAAUUAAACAGGCUAAAAGCAGACGGGACAGAUACUGAAGACAGGGAUGGCCAUCACGACAUUGACCUUCCAUAUGAUGAGAUGAACGCAAAUGUCUCAUUACUCCAGUCAGAUGGCUCUUUCAGGAGGAAGAUGAAGGUCAAGGAGCUUAGCCGGCUGUGGCUGUAUCGAAAUGGUGCAUCACCAAUAGACGGGUCCUGAUGGUGUCAUCAAGCGGUUCUUGUCCAGUAUUUUCUCGGUCAUGGCUCUCUUAUGUUCUUCCAAAGCUUGUUUCACCAGGGGUCUUGGGUAGAUAGGCAGUCAGCGGUCUAACGUAUAUGUUAUGACUGAUCAGCAUUGUUGUUAGCGAAGGAUAAAUAUCGUUUUGGAAAGCACGCUCAUUAAGGCCUUUGCUGUCGGUAGUCGCCAGUGAGUCCAUCCACUUUUUCCUCCUCUCAGGCUCAGCCUUUUAUCUUUCCUUGAUCGGAGCCCAGGACUCAUC